GGCGUGGGAUGGGGGUGGCAGAGGAGGGGGGCGCCCGCGCUGACUAAAGCCAAACGCACACUUCGAAAGGGUGUCGGGUGCUGCGUUCCCCUCCCGCGCCCCGGGAACUUCAAAGCGGCCCGCGCUGUCCCAGCUGCCUUGCUCAGCUCUGGGGCCCCGCAAGCCCCGGCGCGGCCGCUAAGUGGCCAUGACCCAGGCGCUCUGCUCAGCGCUCCGCCAGGCUCUCCUGCUGUUUGCGGUGGCCGCCGAACUCUCGGCAGGAUUGAAGUGUGUAUGUCUUUUGUGUGACUCUUCAAACUUUACCUGCCAAACAGAAGGAGCAUGUUGGGCCUCGGUCAUGCUAACCAAUGGAAAAGAACAGGUGAUCAAAUCCUGUGUCUCCCUCCCAGAGUUAAAUGCUCAAGUCUUCUGCCAUAGUUCCAACAAUGUUACCAAAACUGAAUGUUGCUUCACAGAUUUUUGCAACAACAUAACACUGCACCUUCCAACAGCAUCACCAAAUACCCCAAAACUUGGACCCAUGGAGCUAACUGUUGUUAUUACUGUACCCGUUUGCCUCCUGUCCAUAGUUGCCAUGCUGACAGUAUGGGCAUGCCAAGGUCGACAGUGCACGUACAGAAAGACAAAGAGACAGAAUGUAGAGGAGCCACUCUCUGAGUGCAAUCUGGUAAACGCUGGAAAGACUCUUAAAGAUCUGAUUUAUGAUGUAACUGCCUCUGGAUCUGGCUCUGGUUUGCCUCUCUUGGUUCAAAGAACAAUUGCGAGGACCAUUGUACUUCAGGAAAUAGUAGGAAAAGGAAGAUUUGGUGAGGUUUGGCAUGGAAGAUGGUGUGGGGAAGAUGUGGCUGUGAAAAUAUUCUCCUCCAGAGAUGAACGAUCUUGGUUUCGUGAGGCAGAAAUCUAUCAGACAGUGAUGCUACGGCAUGAAAACAUCCUUGGUUUUAUUGCUGCAGACAACAAAGAUAACGGAACAUGGACUCAACUUUGGCUUGUAUCUGAGUAUCAUGAACAGGGCUCCUUAUAUGACUAUUUGAAUAGAAACAUAGUAACCGUGGCCGGAAUGAUCAAGCUGGCACUUUCAAUUGCUAGUGGUCUGGCCCACCUUCAUAUGGAGAUUGUUGGUACGCAAGGUAAACCUGCUAUUGCUCAUCGAGAUAUAAAAUCAAAGAAUAUUUUAGUGAAAAAAUGUGAGACUUGUGCCAUUGCAGACUUAGGGUUGGCUGUGAAGCAUGAUUCCAUACUGAACACUAUAGACAUACCCCAGAAUCCAAAAGUGGGAACCAAGAGGUAUAUGGCUCCGGAAAUGCUUGAUGACACAAUGAAUGUGAGUAUCUUCGAGUCCUUCAAAAGAGCUGACAUCUAUUCAGUUGGUCUGGUUUACUGGGAAAUAGCCCGAAGGUGUUCAGUUGGAGGAAUUGUUGAGGAGUACCAGUUGCCUUAUUAUGACAUGGUGCCUUCAGAUCCCUCGAUAGAGGAAAUGAAGAAGGUUGUUUGUGACCAGAAGUUCCGGCCAAGUAUUCCAAAUCAGUGGCAAAGCUGUGAAGCACUCCGAGUCAUGGGGAGAAUAAUGCGGGAGUGUUGGUACGCCAAUGGAGCAGCCCGCCUAACUGCUCUUAGAAUUAAGAAGACUAUUUCUCAACUUUGUGUCAAAGAAGACUGCAAAGCCUAAAGAUGAUAAUUGUAUCAACAGGAAAUCUCUCACAGCUUUCUUUCUUUCCCAUUUCCCCUUUGUAUGUGAAUUUUUUUUUGUUCUACCUCAAAGAUAAUGCAGUACAGUAUUUAAAUGCCCAAAGGCAGCAUGAAAAGAAAACUCUAAAGUUAAGCAUGGGCAGGAGUUGACUUUACCCACUCACCAUGUUGUCUUUAAUUUUAUUUUGAAAAGCAACACAUCAACUCAUCUUUUUAUUUAAUGAGAAAGAUAUUAUAAAAGUGUAAAAUAAGCUAUAUAACAGUAAUAAAUAUCAUUAAGAUUUUGUUUUACUUGAACCAAGAGCAUGUGAAUGAAUAGAAAAAAAUGUAAAGACACAUUAUUUUUCUGCAAUGAAACUUAUUAAAAAUGUAAACUUGAGCAUGUUAUAGUGAAACAGAACUUUAGAUCAUGCAAUCUUUAGUUUUCCCUUUUUAAAUUUUCAGAUUGCUUUCUUAAAAUAAAUAAUGCUCUUAAUUUUAAUAUAUAAAACUUACAAAUGCAGAGCUUCUGGUGGAAUAUGUAAGUGAGGUCAGAGUCCCAUUUGCGUGAUCUCUCCUCCUUAUUCCCCUCUUCAUAAUUCACUACUACUGCAGCCCCUAGGAAAAUAGGUUGACAUCUUGAAACACUGAGAAAUGUUCCAAAGCCAGACAACUAAGGGCAAAGCUGGCAAGAGGUCCAAUCUUGUGACAAUCAACACUGGAGGGACAGCGUGCCUCCUAUAUUCCCUUGAACCCCUGUAGUACUUUUUUCCCUGUGCAAAAACAUUUUUCAUUAUGAUAUUUGAGUUUAGUCAUAUAGAAAGUGUGUUGAGUUAUUUUUCAGAAUUAUAAUGCAGCUGCAGGAAAUCUCAGACACAUAUCUAUUAAUGUUUUCCUCAGAAACAUUGUAGUUACCCUGCUUGUUAAUGAUUAUUCAUGUUUUCUGGACAUUUCCAAAGAUUAAUCAAACAUAAGUAUAUUUUGUCUGAAGAUGUCUUAAGAUACAAUUCAGAGGACCUUGUUAUGUUUAUACUUGCUUAGUUAGAAAAGGACAGAAAAGGAAGAAAAAACAAGGAAAUAUAUUGAAAGAAAUUUAGAAAAAAAUUUCAAAACGUAUAACAAUUAGACCCUACAGAGAGUAUUAGCAAAAGCAAAUAUAUAUUCACCUUUGCAGUCAAAAUGGACAGGUGAGUGCAGAAGAAUGCUCAUUAGAGCUUUGCCUUCAUUCUUUGUUUUGCAGAUACAGAAUAAUGAAUAUUUAAUAGGAUGCUACAUACUUCCUUCAAAUCUGUACAUCUGCUUCGGUGAAGGAGAUGUAAUGUGGUAAAUUUUCUUGUUCCAAAACAUUGCUUCCUAAACUCUGUUCCUUAGAACAGUCUUCUGCUAAGAUGAUCCAAGAACAAAAGUGUUCCUUGAUAGCUUCUUAGAGAGUGAUACUGAACAUUUGCAUAUUAUGUACUUUGAGGAGUAUAGCAGUAAAGAAAUGUUACCUGAAUUUUUUAAAAACUGGAUUUGUCAUUUUAUUUGGCCAUAAUGGAACCAUUUUAUCAAGAGCAGGGGAAACCUUUUUCUAUUCCACAUUUAAAUGUUCUACAGAGCACAACUUGGGUAACAGUUUUCUGAAGGAUAUACAUAUGUAUUUUUACAUAGAACACAAUUUAGUUAUUAUACUUCAUUUCACGAUGGAAAUAUGUUCCUAAAUCCAUCUUCAUUUGACUCAGUUGAGAUAAGAAAGACAAAAAACUGACAGCUAUGGGGUUUGCAUAUACUUUCAUUCUCAUUCAUGCAUUCAUCCAUUUAUUAAAUAAUCUUGGAGCACCCCAUAUCUUUCUUGCCACAAUAUUGGGUGCAAGAGGGAAUAAAAAGAUAGAUAGGUCUUGCCCUCAGGGAUUUUAAAGUCUAAUUUGGGAAUGGGAAAAGGGAUGUGAGUGUGUGGGGGAAGAAAGUAAAUUGACAGAUAAAAUAUAAAGUGGGAUGUCUUGAGUUCUGUAUGACAGUGGGUUUCUAGAAUAGGUCUGAAAAUCACUUUCAAUUUGCAACACAUUUAGAAAGUAUCUUUAUUUGGAUAUUACAGUCUAAAUAUAUCACCAGUUUUUAAAAGUGCCUAUGUGAAGGGAUUUUAGAAAGAGCUUAUGUGAAGGGGUAAUCUUGCUUGUGCUUGUUACCUUAUUUCUCAUAGACUGUUUUUGCAUAUAGGAGAAUGAAAUUAUUUACUAUAGUUGUACUCCAGUCUCAAAUAAACAAGGAUAAUAUUUCCUGUUUUAGUCACAUGUAUUGAGUGAAUAUACUUACUGAAUUGAUAAAGAGAGGAUGUUUUAACAUCUCCAUUGUCUUUGUCAUUAUGUUUUAGAAUUUAUUUGAGGGUAUCUAAAUAUAAUUCCAUAUUUUAUCAAUUCGUCUUUCACUCUAUUAAUCUAUAUGUGUGUACAUCUUGACAUAUUUCAUUUGUUCUUAUAUUGGUCAACUAUAACUCCUAACAUAAUCAUCUUAUAUUUCAAUUACAAAAUGCAUUUUUUAAAGAAAGGAGCAGAGCAAUAAAAUGAUAAAUAAAACAUUAAAAGUUGUAAUAUUUUCCUUAAUUUUCAACAUGAUUUUAUGUAGAAAAUGCUUACUUAUAAAAAUAGGGUAAAAUUUGGGGCAGAAGGCAGAUUUACUGUAUAUACUUAAUGCUGUUAAAUCUUGUAUUAUUUGUUUUUCUUGGAGUCCCAUUAUGUAAUAUUUGUUUCUUUUAAAUUUUAUUAUGAGCAAAAAAUAUUAUGUUAGGCUCAGAGUAUCAUUGUUCUUUUGCUCCUUUCAGAUACUUUGCUUUUGGAGUAUAAUACAAAGCUUAGGGAAAUGCUGUUAUGAAUUUUCAGUAUUGUACAAAGAGGUGAUGUGAUUUAUAUGCAGAAUCACUUCCAGAAAAUAAGAGAAACAUUAUUUGUUGUCAAUAUUUAAGCAUGGACUUGCUGCCUUAUAAGUUAUGCGUUUAAGUUUGUAAUUGGUACAGUUUCUGUUGUAUGCAUUCUUCUAUGUCUAAAAUAUUUGGCAUGUCAUAUCUAGAAUUCUUAAUUUAUGUUCUGACUUGAGAGUUAAGUGAAACAUGACUGUCGUGCACUAUUUUAGGCAUAGCACUUGCUUUUCAUCUUUAUACUUUCAAUUAACUUUGCAUUUUAAAUUUCCAUGAUUGUAUGAAAAUAGUAACCUGGUUGCAGUGUCUGAAGAAUUCAAAAUCAGCUUUUAUUUUAAAAUGAAAAUCUACAACAGAUUCAUUAGAUGUUCCACAAUAAUUAUUUGUAAUACAUCUACUAUUGUAGAAUUACUAGACAAAAGAAAGCAGAACUACUUCUACUAUCCUGGGAUUUUGCUGCCAUGUGACUUAUUGGGACCAAAUAAGCUCAGGGCUAUCUUGGAGUUGAUGCAAAAGUACCAGGGAACCUAACAGCCAAUCAUUGGGAAGCAGGGAGCUGAUGUUCACCAUUACACAAAGUUCAAGUGAACAACUUAAAGUCGCUUGUCAGGAAAUACCUUUUUGAUUGAUUAUUUAAAACGAAUGUGAAAAUAGAUUUCGUUAAACAAUGUAUUUAAAAUGGAGACAUUUUAUUUUCCAUCAAGAAAUUAAGUAAUGGUAGCAAACAAAUAAAAGUUGACCAUUGGUUCUUCAAUAACUUUCCUCUAAAUAAACUCACAAAUACAACCUCAUAAGCUACUUAGGAAUGUCUCGUCUUAAUAUCUUAAAACGGUGUCAUUGUGUUUUUGGGAGAUAUUCUGAGUAUCUUUUGUGAAACGUGACACUUGCCUGUUUGACAAUAUUUUGUUUUAGCUCUAUAUGUUAAUACCUACUUGGACCGUAUUCACUAUUUCAGUGAACACAGUAAUCCCUUUGAUUGAGAGCUUCUUCUUUUCUUCUUGAGGACUUCUUCCAAACAAGGAAAACAAUCCAGCUGGAAUGCAAAACUUUCAUCAAAAAUUUAAUAAUAAGCAGAAUUUCUAUAACAGGCAAUUUUUCAAAGCAUUUUAAUGCAAAUAUGCAAAUAUUUCAUUUUCUUUUUUCCAUCUAACUUUAUUUUAUGUUUCAUUUUUUCUCACCUCAUUUUAAUUAUUUCCUCACAGUAUUCCAAAAUUAUCAAUAGCUCCUCGAUUCAAAGCAUAACUUUUAUUUAAUUAUCAUUCUGGAAUUUUAGCCUUCUAAUGAAAAGGAAUCCCUUAGUGGUCUGAAUUAUUUCAGAUGUAUCACAGCCAAAAAUGAAAACCAGGAUUUGGAAUUAAAAAGAUUUUAAGAGAUUUCAUAAUUUGAUUCCAAUAUUUUAUAGAUGAGGGGACCAAGGAUCAGAGAUGAAAUGACUACUAGUCAUGGUAGAACCCCAGUGGUGACACCUACCACUGUGCCCUACCCAACUUUAACUAAUUAAAAAAUGAAUUAACAUGUAUCUAAAUUUACCAUGAAUGUGCACUGUCAUAAUGUGCCAUUUAACAAGGAUGAUUAAAUUCCACUUUUCUUUGUAUUUCUACUAAAAUUAUUUGCUCAGGGUGAGGUUAGUGAGAAACACCAAAAUAGGUAAAAAGCUAUAAAAAUGGUUGUCAGGCUAGGUAGGCAACUACUGUGCUGAUAAAAUUUAUGAGUACAAUUUAAGAAUGGCAAGGGUAUAGAUGUUCUCAGUGCAAGUGAUGAUCAGAGAAGUGUCCUGAGUGUCCCCUGCCCCACUUUAUGUAACGAUUGCUCUCUGUCUUUAUGCAUUACAAUGGGGUGGAAGAUGAUUUGAUAGAUUAAAUGGUUUAGGUCUAUGUCUAGUGGCAUAUUAUCUGACUUCUCUUUUUUUCUUCUUAGUUUUUUAUUAGUUUCAUAUUUGCCCUUCAUUUUCUUUCAGUGCAUUAAACAAGAUCUGCUGGAUUCAUGUACCCUAAAUCACUCCAUAAUUCCCAGUCCUUUUUUAGUUGUGUUCUAGCCCAGUCCACAGUUACAUGCUGAACUUAACAAUAUUUUAAUUUUCCCACUGAUGUAUGAGAGGUUUCACCUCAUAACUUCACUAGUAAUUAUUCUCUUGGCACUAUAAAGAGGAUUUUGUUAAUGGCAGAGAUGACUUUCCUUUCAAUUUUAAAAAGAUUGCCUGGUUAUAUUCUAGCCUUUAAGCUAACAUACAAAGGACCCCUACAUUUGCUUUAAUGCUAAAUUCCACUGGAGACAGUGACCUGAAGAGAGAAUGUGAAAUAUAUGUCCCAUAAUGUGACUGCUAAAUUUAUUCUGUUGUGUUUAAUACCACUGCUUUGUUUUACUUUUGACAUCUUUUUAAACUAAGCCAUUAUGUCAUGUGGUUUGGACUAUAAUAUUUAAAAUAGGUAAUGAUACCCAUUUUAAAAUACACCUACUAAGAACUGCCAGGUUAUUUCUCUAUUUUAGUUGUGGACAAAUACAACAUUUGAAAGAAGAUGAGUUCUAUUUCAUCCUAAAUUAAUAUUGUCAGAUACAACCAUAUUUUCUGAUCAUUUGUUCAUAUUAUGCUAUAAGUUUUCUCCCCAGAUCUGAAAGUUUUAACUGCAAGAGUUUUACCCUGGACUAGGCAUUUGAUUGUUAAUAUGGCCACAAAGAAUCUGAGUGCAGAAUGAAAUUAGCCUAUACCCUCCGUCUCCACAGCCAAUCGUGCAUAUUGUAAUCCAAACAAAUAUUUCCAGCAGAAGAGCAAGUAGAAACUGAAAUCAGACUUUCCAACCCGCAGAAAAUACAAUAAUUUUCAGAAAAACAUCUUACUGAACUUACAUAUCUUCGGACAGUGGACCUGCUUAUACAUUUUUAGACAAUAGGACUUAAAAAUUCAAAAUGGUUCUUGACAUCUGCAAACUGAACAGAGAACUUACAAGAUAAAAUGCACUGGUUCUUCAUUCUAGCAUUCUUAAGAGAAACAAUGAGGUCAUGUGUUUUCCUGUUAUUUAUUUUUCAACCCAGAAAAUCUGCAGCCAGGUGCAUAGACCCUGUUUUGAUAAUUUCUAUUGAGUUUUCUUCCAUACAUGAACCUAUUCAAUGAAUUUGCCUAUAAAACAGAAUUAAUGUGCCUAAGUUCUAGUUAAAAAAUUCAAGCAUAUAAUGAUAUGAACCAAUAUUUCCAUUUUCUCCAUAGUCUAAAUAAUAGUAUCUAAGCAAUUUUAAAGACCUUGCACAUUCUUUAUAUAAAAUGAAAAUCUCUGAGCCAAAAUAUUAAAUUCUAGUUCAUUUCCACAAUGACUAGUGUCAAGCUCAUAUACUUUUGUGAUCCUAGAUUGGAUAGGAUUAUUCCAAAUUGGUCUGUAUUUCACGUUUUAAAAUGCCCUAAAAACAGAAAAUUAGAUUCAGAUCUCGAAAAGGGAAUUUUGGAUUGACUUUCAAAGUACUAAUACUAAUUAUACUUUUCUUUUGGUAGCGUGACUCUUCUUAUACCUAAGAACAUAUUACAAAUGUCAAAACCAUUGCAUUUUGACAUUGCAAAACAUGCCUUGAACUCUUGAACUACUGUGAAAAGAAUCACUGUUGUAAAGACUUUUUGUAAGCUAGCUGAUAUUCUUAAGUAUGUAAAAAAAGAUAAUGCCUUUCAAAAAAAGGCACAAAUGGAUGUAUAUAAAGGAUAUGAAAAAUAAGUUGGGUUUUGAAAGGAGAACUGGACUACAAAUUGUAUAAAAAAAGUAUGGAUGGGAUUUUAGUACAUAGUUGCAAUUAAAUUGUGGAAGGUGAAGAGAAUACCAAAUUCCAAAGAGAAAUGAAUGAGAUUCACAUGCUUCAUUAAUUUCUAGUCUGUGAAAAUAUGCACUUUUACAGUAAUAUUACUUAUUUUAUUUAGAAAUGAUAGUAUUUUAGAAUUUAGUAAAAACUCUGUGAUAGGCUUCAUACCAAAAUGUUUAACUUUACCAACAGCAAGUCAUAAAAGUAUUUAUUUUUAAGCUUUUUAAUAUUAUUGCAUAACUUUCAGCUGUCUCUUGAUGUAAAUACUUAUCUGCCUAAAUGUUAUAUUUUUAUGUAUGCAUUUCUGAAAAUGUAUUGUUUUGUAAAGUGGCAAAAAUAAUAAAUUAAGCACUCCUUGCACUUGUUUCUGUGAAGCACA